AUGGAAAACAGUGAAAAUUUGGAAACAAACAUGGAAAAUGAUAGUGUGCUCAGUGGAGAUAGAAGCAGUACUGCUAUCAGAGAUAUUUCUCAGAAUAACUCAUUGCUGGAAAAUAAAUUAAGUGCUAUGACAAAGGAAAUGAGCUCCAUUACCAGUACUUUAAAACAGUUACAUAAUCAAAUGCAGAAUAGAAUGGAUUCAAUUGACUCGGAUUUGCACAGGGUAAAUGGUAAAAUUUCUGAAAGGACACACCCAGAUCCAGAAGUUAAUUUCAACUGCAGAGAUAAUGAUUCAAAUGAUUCUUUCAUUGAUAGUCUGGAAGAUUCCGACAUUAGGUUACGUCUUAGAGAAUGCUGUCCAAAAUUUAUUUCUGAGGCUGAAACAAUUGCAGUCAGGUUAGAGAUACAUAAAUUGGCUGAUAAACAGAGGGUACAAAAUGAACCAUUUCAAUGCGGGCUGUGUGAAGAUUUAUACUUUCCUGCCAGAAAGCAUUGCAUGGCUCAUUUAAAGGAACAGCAUUCAGGAAUAAGCUUUAAAUGUACGUUAUGCAAGAAGAUUUUUAGAAGGAACGAUAAUCCUCAUCAAUGCAGGGCAAAGAAGACAGAUUUUAUAUGUUUAAUCAGACGACAGGCGACAAUUUUUAAGAGUGGCAGAGCAGGGAGAGAGUUGAACAAAUUUUUGGAAAGAGUGGAAAAGAAAUUGUGUGUAAAUAUGAAUGAGUUGAUAACAUCAAGGAAGGUGACAAGACCAGUUUUACCAGAAAGGAGGAAGGAAAGAACAAGGACUUUAAAUAGUAGCAGUAGUGACAAUAGUGACAGUAGUGAUAGUAGUGGCAGUGAAGAGAGUAGUGAUGAAGAAACAGAGGAGCAACAAAUAGUAGAGAAAGAUUUAGAGACACAGAAAGAACGGAAUGUGAGGAAAGAGAAAGGAGAGGCAGGAGAAAGAAAAGAAGGAAAACAGAAAAAGGAGAAGGAAAAUCAGAAAUUAAUGACAGAGGAAAAUGAAAGGAAGGAAAAAGAGGAGAAAGAGAGACAGAAAAAGCAGGAAGAAAUAAUGAGAGGAGAGGAAAGGGACGAAAACGAGAAAGAAAGUAAGAAAAAGGAUGAAAAACAAGAGGAACAAGAUGGCCCUAGGACGCUCAACUGA